AUGUCAUCGCAAAAUGACAUCUCACUGGUACACAAACUCAAACUGGUACUGAUUGGGUUCGUCGUGAGCUGUGGAGGCAGUUUCCACUUUGGGUAUCAGAUAUCCAUCAUCAACCCUAUGGCUGAUGUUAUCCAAGGGUUCUUGGGGCGAUCUAUCGAAAAGUAAGUGUAUAUUGGGGAUAGUAAGCGUUGUGUUACUAAAGUAAUUUUUAAAUUAUUGCAAUAAUCUUCAAAAAAGUUACAGUAAUCUUUGAAAAAGGUAUCAUAACAAAAAAAGUUUUUCUACUGCAAUUUUCAGCCGUCUUCACCAUCACCUUCGUAUAUGGACCCAAAAGUUACUGUGGCCUACAGUAGCUGGCCUUCUGUUUGUUGGAGCCUUCUUAGGGGCUGUCUUAAGCCCUAAACUAUUACAUAGAUACGGGAUGAAGCCUGUUCUUCACUUAUCUACCUUACUGUUGGUCAUUUCCUUCUCUUUGGCCUACAUCUCGAAGAUAGUCAACUUGGCAGAGAUAUUCAUAAUACACAGACUGUUGGUCGGUAUAGGUAUUGGGAUGAUAACCACGGCUCAGACUGUCUACUUGACUGAGGUUAGUCCUAGUAAGUUUUUUAACAAAAUUAUUAUAUAUAAUUUGUUAUUUUAUAUUUGGAUUUAUAUUGUUUUAGGUAUAUUAUGAAUGAAAUAACCAUAACAUUUUUCUGCACGGUGCAAAUUUUUUGUUCAUUUUUAAAAUUUUAAAAUUUAAAAGUUUUAAAUUUAAAUAAAAAUAAAGUUUUUUAGUGAAAUACAGAGGCUUCAUGGGCACAAUGACAGGCUUUUCGACCAGUAUUGGUUUUGUUUUGGCUAGCGGAAUUGGACUACCUCAAGUUUUAGGGCAAGAUCACUUGUGGCAUUAUGCUUAUAUGAUUGGUAUGUGGAAUCUUAUUUAAAAAUUUUAAAAAUUGUAGUUUUAGCUUAAAAUUUUUGUUUGGAAAAUUUAAUUUUUAAAUUCCCGCCAAUUUGGUCUUCUGUUUCAAGUUUCGCACUUUUAUUUUUGAACGUUUGAUAAUUUUUUUGAUUUAAAAAUACUCAUUGAUAGAAAACAAUGUCACAAGGGCUUAAAAUAACUAAUAUUUUUAAACCAAUAUCUUCAGAAAUUCUUCCAUCAGCAAUACUGACACUGUCUUUGUUGCUCUUCCUGCCAACCUCGCCCGUAGAAGCGUUGAAGAAAGGAAAUGCCAAAGAAGCCUUGAUCUGUUUGGAGACAUUUUGUGACAAAGGUACGGCGUUCAAUCAGUUGGCUCAGAUGGAACAGGAAAUUACAGUAACCGAGGAAUCGUCGACUACUGUACCUUUGAAAACACUUUGCAGGUAGUUUAGAAAAAAUUCUUAAUUUUCAUCUUUAGGUAACAUUAUUUUGAAAUUUUAAAUAAUUUUUAGAAAAAUUUUUUAUUGUUUUGAAAUUUAUGUUGUAGUAGGCAGUAUUAUAGUAAAAAACUUUUGAAUUCUCGUUUUAGAGAAGCAGGUAACGUUCUGUUUAUCUCCCUUCUUCUGAACGCUACAGUCAGUUUCUCUGGCAUCACGGCAGCCUCCUUCUUCGGUACGUUCCUUCUCCAGAACAUUGGCUUCAACAAUAAUGAAGCCGCUUUGGCCAACUGCUUGGCCUCGUUGUCAGGUAUCUUGGGUAAUGUGAUAGGAUCCUUCACCAUCGACCGAGUGGGAAGAAGACGUCUUAUCAUUGGCUGCUUAUCACUUCUGGCCCUUCUGAACACGAUUCUGAUGGGAUGUGUGUUCUUCUUCCAGAUAACUGAUGAUAACAACGUUGGCUACGCGUUUUUGGGCAUCUUCAUGAUCUUCUUGUUCAUCUUCUCGUUGGGCGUGGGUCCAGUGGCGUGGUUCAUCGCGACCGAGCUGAGUCCGGCUUCUUUUCGGCCGCAGAUCCAGUCGCUGUCGGUGUCGUGCCAGUACAUAACGUGCUUUAUCAGUUCCAUUGUCUUUCUGCCACUGUACCAGUUGGUGGGACCGUUGAGUUUUUUGAUAUUUAUCACUCCAUUAACUCUGUGCUCGGUUUACUUGUUCUUCUACCUUCCUGAGUCUAAGAAUCGGUCUCCAGAAGCCCUUUUUAUGGAUUUAAAAAAGACAAAAGAAAAGACUUUUGGGUAA